CAUUGACUGUUAUAAGAUUAUUUGUCUUCAUAGUAACUGCAAGUUUUAUUCUUUCACUGACAAAAAUGAAUUCAGGAAAUGUGGAUUAUCACGAAUUGACUGAAGUGCAGUUUGAACGAGAAUUACAAAAAUGUGUAGUAGAUUCUUAUAUCCUGGAGGAUAUGGGCAACAAUAAACUUUCAGCUGAUUCAGCAGUUUUCAGGGAAAAAGCUGGCAGCAUCAAUCCUUCAACUUAUAACUUGACAAUAGCUGAUGUAGAUUCUUCAGAGGCAGGAUUAGGAAACCUGAUGUUCAUGUAUGCGUCAAUGUAUGGCUUAGCUGUAACAAAUAAUAGGACCCCAGUACUGAAAACAAACCAUAGAUUAUUGAAAUAUUUCACUUUAAAAGUGAUCAAGGUCACAAAUCAGGAUAUUGACAGUUCCAGACUUGAGAACACCAAAGUUAUGGUACCAUGUUGUGCUAAAUAUUUCCCAAAUCUUUGUAAUUUGAGUCCCGGAAACCAUCAAAUCUCAGGCUAUUUACAAUCUUGGAAAUAUUUUGAUUUUGUGAAACCUGAUAUUCUUGAACAGUUUCAAUUUGAUUUGAAGACAUCUCAGUUGGCUAAAGAAUUUAUUUCUGAAAUUAAGAAAGGAUUGUCUGGUCAAAUUACUCUCAUAGGAGUCCAUGUUCGAAGAGGCGACAUGAUCUCCAGAAAGAACAUUGAUUUUGGUCAUCAGGUUGCAACAACAGAAUAUCUGAAAAACGCAAUGCUUACUUUCAAGCAAAAGUAUCCAAAACUUGCAUUUGUAAUAGUAACAUCAAAUGACGACCUCUCAUGGACGAAACAAAACAUCAAUCUGACUGAAGAUGUAUACUUCUCUGAAAACCAUUCGGAGAUAGAAGAUCUGGCGAUUUUGACACAUUGUAAUCACACCAUCAUAACAACAGGGACAUUUGGAUGGUGGGGAGGAUAUUUAACAGGGGGGACCACAGUGUACUUUAGGGACUGGCCCAGAGCUGGGAGUCCCCUUGACAAGGGGACAAACCACACUGAAUAUUUUCCAAAGAGUUGGAUUGGAAUGUCCUGAUUGAUCACCAUUAGCUUGGAACUCUGAUUAACUAUUAAAACUGAUAAUAAUGUACUUACUGGGCUAAAUUGAGAGGGAAUUUGGGAGUGCUUUGCUUGAAAUUGUACAGGUUGUACAGUAGCUAAGUUUAUAUAAAGUUAGUUAUGAUAGAAUAUCUUUUUUGACUUUCGUCUCUCCGACAAAUGGAUCACUAUAAAGGUUUUUACAAGUGUUCGGUUUUACAAGUCUAAAAAAAUAAUUCAUCAAAAUAUUAUUUACACAAUGAUACUUUACAGUGUUUAUAUUAGUGGUGCAACUCACCAGAAAAAUUCCACUCGAGUAGAAAGUAUAAAAAUGCCACUGUGAUCAAGUGUCACUCACAAAAAUGAGAAAAAAUUGUAAAAAUUAAAAACUCACCCCGGAGACUGUUUCAACAACAAAUAAAUACUAUUUUAGCGUCUACCAUAUUAUGUAAAUUGCUUUAAUUUGGCGCUAUUUAAUUUUGCGGAUAGGGCAAAUUUUGAAAUUUUGG